AUGUACAUUAGCAACUGGGACGAGUUCCAGAAAGCUGCGGAGGAGCUCUAUGCAGCAUCUCCCGAGACCACGCGUUACGUUUCGGGUUUCCGUCAUACCGAUGGCGAACUUAUUCUCAAAGUGACCGACGAUCGAACGAUUGUAAAAUACAAGACGAAUCAAGCAUCCGACCUGAGGAAGUUUACAACACUAAAUAUUAGUUUGAUGAGCAAGAUGCAAAACAAGUCCAUGGAAGGUAAAGACUUUCACAACUACUUGAUAACAACCAACUUUUGCGAAUGA